CCCCUCCCGCCGGCAGCCGCGGCUCAGGCUGCCCUCACGGCUGCCCGCCCGCUGCGCUCCCGCUGCCCUCACGGUGCCCUCCCGGCUCCUGCGCCGGGCUACGCUCGGCGGCGCCUUCUCUCCUUCCCCGUAGUAGCAGCUGCAGCAGUAGCAGCUGCCGCCGCCGCUGCCUGAUCGGGCCUCGCUCGCCGCGACCCCUUUCCGCCGGCGCAGCCCGAGCCAUGCUGCUCCUGGCGGCCGCCUUCAUCGUGGCCUUCGUCCUCCUCCUCUACAUGGUGUCGCCGCUCAUCAGCCCCAAGCCCCUCAAGCUGCCCGGCGCUCACGUCGUGGUAACUGGAGGCUCUAGUGGAAUUGGAAAAUGCAUUGCUAUUGAAUGUUAUAAACAAGGCGCUUUCAUAACGCUGAUUGCAAGGGAUGAGAACAAACUGCUGCAGACAAAGAAGGAAAUAGAAAAGUAUUCUGUUAAUGACAAGCAGGUUGUACUGUGUAUUUCUGUCGAUGUAUCUAAAGACUAUGAACAGGUGGAGAACGUUCUAAAGCAGGCUCAGGAGAAGCUGGGGCCAGUUGACAUGCUUGUAAAUUGUGCAGGAACAUCAGUUACAGGAAAAUUUGAGGAUAUUGAAGUCAACUCUUUUGAAAGAUUAAUGGCAGUCAAUUAUCUGGGAAGUGUUUACCCGAGCCGAGCAGUAAUCGCUACCAUGAAGGAACGAAGAAUGGGACGGAUUGUGUUUGUAUCAUCUCAGGCUGGACAAUUGGGCCUGUUUGGUUAUACAGCUUAUUCUCCAACAAAGUUUGCUCUCCGAGGGCUGGCUGAAGCCCUGCAAAUGGAGGUAAAGCCUUAUAAUAUCUACAUAACGGUGGCCUAUCCUCCAGAUACUGACACACCUGGCUUUGCAGAAGAAAGUAAAACAAAGCCCUUAGAGACGAAGCUAAUUUCUGAAACCUCAUCUGUUUGCCAAGCAGAACAAGUUGCCAGAGUUAUAGUCAAAGAUGGAGUACAAGGGAACUUUAACAGCUCAGUUGGGUCAGAUGGUUACAUGCUAUCAAUAUUGACAAGUGGAAUGUCACCAGUCACUUCUAUUAUGGAAGGUCUUCAGCAGGUUGUUUGCAUGGGCAUUUUUCGCAUCGUUGGCCUGUUUUACCUAGGAAGCUUUGACAGCAUAGUUCGUCGCUGCAUGAUGCAAAGGGAAAAAUCUGAAAGUACAGAUAAAACUGAGUAAUCUUUUACUUUGGAUUGAAAGAAGAAUUUCAAACAGUCCUGGACAGCUUGCUGCUUAAGUGGGACUCAGUUUUUCUCCUGAAGGAUUUACACUGGAAGUACUCACGUAUGUGACCAAUGAGUCCCCUCAAAAGCUAGGAAAGAAAACAAAAGUACAAAUCCAGAAAAUGCCAAACUAUGCAAAAGUGUGAAUGAGGAUUAGAUUUGGGUUUGGUUUGGUAGUUUGUUUUUUGUUUUUGUGUUGGUUUUGUUUUGGGUUUUUUUGUGAUUUGAGUUGGAGAGAAUCUAGGGAAUCUUGAAGUGAUCUGCAGAGUAGAAUUGUAAGAAUGGACUUUGUGUGGUAAUCCUGGACAAGUGCUUAAGUUUUCUCUCUUUAAGGCUUGUGGACAAAAUAAGUACCCCAACAGACUGGGCUGAAGUAGAUAGAAGGUCCCCUAAACAAGUCGGUACCUUUUGCUAAUGUUUUGGGACUGUUUUUAAUUUAGAAUGUUAACUUUUCCGUCGGCCAAUCUACAGAUCCUUCUGCCAGUGACAGCUUUCCUUAUUCCUGCAACUGUGGAAAACUUAAGAUGGCAGAUAGAUUUGUAUGAUCCAAGCUUUCUCAGUCUGGGAGUAAUUAAAAAGUAUGGCUUAAUAUAUGCCUACUUUCUAAAGGGAGAUGAAGAACCCGUUCCCACAGAGAGAUGCUAGGAGAUGUGAUCAGGUCUGUAGCUCUUUUGGCCUUUGAAGUAUGAUGUGAACAAAAGAAGUUUCAAACCAGGAUCAGCUGUGUUGAUGAUGACUUUCACCGUUUUAAGCCAUUGAAAUAAUGUAUGAUUUUCACAGAUACUUACUUUUCCUUAUCUUUCAGUUUUUGCUCUGGAACGGAAAGUAGCUUUAUGCUACUGUUAUGCACAUUAUUUUUCAAAGCUGCAAAUGAUGAGCCAAACAGUCAAUGAGAGAAUCAAUGGUAAUUAAAAUGCCAGGCUCUUCCAGUAGCAGGAAUGUAGCUUUUUGGGGCAGAGAGGUCAGGAGGGGGAGGAGUGUGUGUCAGAAUGACAUUCCACGCUUAAUCUUUAUCACUACACAUAAAAACUUUCACAUGCCAAGAAAUGCCCCACUUCCAGUUUGUUUCAUUUACAUUAUAUGAAACAAGGUUGCUCAACAACUGCUUCAGAAUACACGGAACCCAGUGGUUGUUUCUAAUGAUGCUUAAGUUUAACACUGAAAAAGCUUGAUGCAUAACAAUGAUGCUUUAAGGGUGCACUAUAUUUACUGUUUAUUUAAUGGACCACUAUAGCAAGUGCCUUGUGAGCUGCUUUAUUUUUUUAAAGCUGCAUAUUUUGUAUUUGUUAGCACUGCUGUGUUCUCAAUGUCUUGUUCUCCAUUUUCAGUCAGAACUCUGAAUUUAAAAUUACUCAUAAAACUGGGCACUUUCACUUCCUUAAAAGUAGUAUUUGACAACAAAAGAGGCAAAAUUGAUUGCUUUUAUUGUGAUACUCUCUACAUCUACUUAAGAAGAGGUAUUCAGUUAAACUGAGAUGAAAAAUAAUAAUGGUUAGCUGGAAAAUGGUGGUUAGCUGGAAAACCUUUGAAGUGUAAUUUUCAAGGGUCUUUAUUUUCCCUUUCUGAAUGCAGUUUGUCACUUCAUAUUUUCUUCACCCAGGCUAAACUUGCUUUAAUACCUCGUUUACAAACAUUUUUGAGGGGAGGGUCACAUUGGCACUCUCAUCUUAAGUGGUUAGACUUUCAUUAGGUUGUACGUGUUGAGGCAUUGUUGAAUUCUUCACAGAGCCUGUUUCAGGUCCUGUCUCCUGAUUUUGUUUAGGUAUGUGAAGUUGUGCAUGCCUGUAAUAUAUUACUAAUUUUGAGAAUAGAGUAUAUUCCUGCAUUUUUAAACAGCUGGGCUUCAGUGCAAAGCAAUCUAGUGUGUGGAUGUUUCCUCUGCUGCUUAAUGUGAAUGACAUAAUGGAGCAUUUGUCAUAAACCCAUUGUCAAAAUUGCUGUGUUUCUUAAAGCAACACGACAGUGCUGUUUGGACCCUGCUGUCUGUGUUAAUUCUUACUUUGAUGGAAAUCAAAUAUUCUUUUGGCCACCUGCAGAAGACAGCAAAAAUAGGUGAGUGUGUUGUGCUGUAUUUUGAAAGAAAUGCUUAUGUAAAUGAUUUGACAUCAACACAAGCUCGAAGGUCAGGAAUUAAAACCAUUAAGACUUCAGAUACUUGAAUUUUUGGAUCUUCAGCUUGGAAUGUUAAAGAGGGUUGCAUUUAAGAAACAUAAUCCAGAAGGUCAGAGCACAGAGAGGCAGCAGGGCCUCCUUAAAAUAUUUCAGGUGGGAUAUCUUAGAUCAUUAAUCACUCUUCCUUGGCUGAAGAGUCCUCUCAGUACUGACUGAUAAAAGGUCUGUGAAGGAGGAAUACUGGGUGAAAGUUAUGUCCCUGACCUAUUGAGACUUCAGUUUACACCUAAUUUUGAGUAGCAUUGACAGUAAAACUGUAGGUUGAGCCCUUCAGCAAUUGUGGAAAUUGGAACAAGGCAAGUUUUUUGAAGGAAUAGGUAAAGAAUAAUAUUGUUUCAUGGUUUUGCUUCUGCUGUUGCAAGUUAAUGCAGUUAAUUUUAACUGAUACAUUUUCCCACUGUUUUAUUGUUGAAGCAGCGAAUUGUCAACUAAAGCAGCCUUUGGUGUAAAUUUUUGUUUUCUUAUGCACAUUCUCUACCAGUGUACUCAUUUUAAGGUCCAAUAUUAAGUGAAGGAAAUGCCUUGUAAUCUUGUGGAAAAAUGUUUAGCAGCUGAAAAACUAUUUUGCCAGUUUAAAUGUUACAAAACCUCUGCAUUGAAAUGUUUUUCACAGUGUAUUAGUUCUGUGAAGAACUCCAAAUAGGCUUUAUUACUUUUUGUCAAUAAUUUAAUCACUUGUGCCAUAUCAAUUGAUGUCUUGUCUCUUGUUUUCUUGGUCAGUCGUUUAAGAUUUAGGCUUUGAUAGUCUUUUCCGUUCCAUGUAAUUUCUAAUGACUGCUUACAAUAAAUCUGUAUUUAAGCUUUAUAUAUAGCUAACUUCACUAAGGUGUUCAUGUGCAAUUUAAAUAGAUUUAAUAUUUUACUAAAAAAAUAUAGGUAAAUAAACUUGAUUUGCUGUGAAAAACUUUAGGCACUUUUAAAUGGUAACAAUAUAUAGCAUUAUUUGUAAAAAGAAAUUUUGUGCUUAUUGCAUCAUCAUUUUUGUGCCAGAAUUGUAAACUAGUUUUCAUAUUUUAUAUUUCUCAAAAUAAAUGGAGAAUCAACAAAG